CUUUGAAAACAAAUCUUGCGGGUAUCUGCCUCCUUCUCUGUCUUUUGACAACUUCCGUCCAGAUCGCGACGAUUUUUUUUAUCUGGCUAGUGGGAUAGAAUAAUAAGUGGGUGAAUAACAAGUACAGCCAUCAUGUCAGGGAUAUCAAGUGCUGACGGUAGGAAUAGAAAAAACAGAGUACAUGUCUAUGCUCGUACACGACCCACUGCUAAUUUUGCUCAUGAUAUGCUCAAUUUCAGACCAGAUGGCAAGACAAUUGACAUUCAUGGCCGAAAGGACACAAAGCGAGGAGUCGUCAAUAACCAAUUAUUGGACUGGCACUUCAAAGUGGAUGGAAUUCUUCACAACGCCAGCCAAGAUGAAGUCUAUGAGAAUGUAGCAUCCAGGAUGGUAAACAAUUUGUUAGAAGGAUACAAUGGAACAUUGAUGUGUUACGGACAGACAGGUGCAGGCAAGACAUUUACCAUGACAGGAGCCACUGAGAACUAUAAACACAGAGGACUUAUACCUCGAUCAUUGGCUCAGGUUUACAGGGAAGUUGAAGACAGAUCGGAACAUGCCAUCACCGUCCGCAUAUCUUACUUAGAAAUUUACAAUGAGACGAUGUUUGAUUUGUUGUCCACUUUGCCAGAGUCCAUCCAGUCUGUCCCACAGAUGACCAUUGUUGAGGAUGACCAGGGUGGUGUCAGUGUCAAGGGUUUGUCUGUGCAUCUUGCAAAUACAGAGGAAGAAGCUCUCAAUUUGUUAUUUGAGGGUGAAACAAACCGUGCUAUCGCUGCUCAUUCAUUGAACAGUGUCUCGUCAAGAUCUCAUUGUAUUUUCACCAUCCAUAUUGAAUCGCGAUCCAGAACAGAAUCAAAUGCGAAGUAUAUUAAAUCUAAGCUCAACUUAGUAGACUUGGCAGGAUCAGAACGUCUUGGCAAAACCGGGUCUGCUGGUAAGACAGCCAUGGAGGCUAUGUACAUCAAUAAAUCUCUGUCGUUCCUAGAGCAGACUGUCAUUGCAUUGGCUGAUAGGAAACGUGAACAUAUUCCAUACAGGCAAACCAAAUUAACGCAUGCACUGAAAGACUCAAUAGGUGGCAACUGCCAUACAAUAAUGAUAGCAAACAUAUGGGGUGAAAGUCAGCAAAUUGAAGAGACGAUCUCAACUUUACGAUUCGCCACACGUAUUAUGUGUAUCGCUAAUGUACCGUCCAUAAACGAAUACUACGACCCGGCAUUGUUGGUCAAAAAAUUAGAAAGAGAAAUUAUUUCACUGAAACAAGAAUUAGCUAUGCAUGACACACUGACAAACCGGAGUCAGGUCAGUUAUGAACCACUUUCUGAUUCCCAGUUGUACGAAAUCCAGCGUCAAGUCCAGCGCUACCUUGAGGGAUCCUUAGAUGAAAUAGACAUUGUUAACGUGCGACAAAUUCAGGCAGUAUUUUCGUCAUUUAAAGGGAUGGUAAACCAAAUGGAAAGUCAGGUGGAGAAUAAACUUCGUGCUAAAUUUACAUUAAUUGAUCGAGCAGAUCCAAAUGCAAUAGCAGCAGCUCAGAAGGCUGGAGUUGUUUUUGAUGAGAAUGGCGAAGUAUCGUACGUUGGCGAUGUAGAUCGACAAAACUUUGGAAUUGGCAUUGCUCCAUCCUCCUCUAAACCAGCCAGUUCAUCUGUUGUAGCUGCUAGAAGGGUUAAGAGUAGAAAGAGCAAGGAGAGAGCCAGCCCACCGUCGAAGAGCGGAGCUCCAUCUAGCCCAGUUCCGAGCACCCUGCAAACUGAGAAUUCCUCACCAACCAGGCAGCCCCCCGAUACGCGGGAAUCAAUGGCAGGUGCUGAUGCCACAUCAGUGAGUGGGUCAGCUGGAGCAGUAGGUGAUCAGAUGGCACCGCGAGAAAGUACGCCACCCUUGAGGACAGUGGCGUUUGAAGAAUUUAAACAUGAGAAAGGCAGUGAAAUAAACAGGAUUCUCACUGAAAAUAAAGACAUUUUAAGCCAGAAAAAGAAACAAUGCAGAGAUCUUGCGAAAACAAUCAACGGUACGAAAACUGAAAUUGACACAACCAGAGAAGCGCUGGAAAUGAAACGAAGUGAUAGAAUGGAACAAGGAGAAUUUGUCAAUGAAGAUGGGGAAACAGUAAUAGAUGAAGAAGAGUUUAUGUUGAUUAAAAAAUUAAAAGAUUUGAAAUCAUCAUAUCGUAGUGAUUAUGAUGAACUUCGAGAUGUCAAGUCUGAAGUGCAGUAUUGUCAAAAGUUAGUUGAUCAGUGCAGACAAAGGCUUAUUCAAGAAUUUGAUACCUGGUAUUCACAGUCAUUCCUGACCACUUCAGAUGAACAGUCAAGUGCCCAAGCUGGUUUCGGUGCAAGACUUGGUACAACAUACAAUGCAGAGCCUGAAGAUGAAGGGGAGAGAUUUGAAAGAUUACAGAUGGAGUUGUUGAUGGAAAAUCCUGAUUCAGCAGCAUUUUAUAACGCUAAGAUGAGGACAGAGAGACGACAAACUUAUGAAGCAGCGAUGGGCCAAGCACAACCCAGUUUACGAAAGCCAGGCACACCAACAAUAACAGUUCACAAUCUGCCACCAUCCAUGCUUGUUCAGUACUAGAACAUCACCAAUUUUUGUGCAGCUGAAUUUUCCUGAUUUAAAUUUUUUUACAAAAACCUGAACUUCUGCAAUCAUGGACAUGAUGAUUGAUUCAUUCAUUUACGACAGGUUUAAUGUUCUGUAAAGAAUCAUUUUGUAAAAUUAAUGUGUGGGGAAUUGCUGUGCUUUAAAUGUACAUUAUGGAUAGAAUUUUAAAAACAUCUUAUCUGUAAAUAAAUCUUGUAAGAAACUCUAA